AUGCUCAUUCCUAAAGAAGACAGAAAGAAGAUCCACCAAUACCUCUUCCAAGGUAUGUUUCAAUGAAAACGAAAGGAGGAACAGCAACUCACGACCGGCUGAAUAAGGACGAUUACAUGAAAAAUGGAGAACGAAAGAAAGAAAAAAAAAAUCCGCGAAAACAUACAGAGACAAGGAACCAAGAUUCAGCUUUCGAAGCUCUUUGUCGAAAUUGGAGCUUUUAGCUGAACCGUUGAGAGCACUUUAUGGAUUCUCCCAAUCAUUCAUCUCACAAACAAAAAAGCGCAAACCCGCAAAAUAAUCUAUUAAAUUCAUUCAACUUGAUGAUGCUAGUGGGAUGAACGAGAUUUUUACAAUCCACAUAAUUCAACGCAAGCUUGAUUCUGCAUCUCCAAACCGUUUUCCCAUUUUUUUUUUCGUUUUGGUUCAGAAUGGUCGUCGUCCGAGUGCAUAUCUCCCCCAUUCUCACUCACAACCAUUUUUCUGAAGAAAAUACUAACAAUUAUACAGAGGGUGUUGUCGUUGCCAAAAAGGAUUUCGACUUGCCAAAACACGAGGAGAUUGACACCAGGAACCUUUACGUCAUCAAGGCUUUGCAAUCAUUGACCAGUAAAGGAUACGUCAAGACCCAAUUCUCAUGGCAAUACUACUACUACACCUUGACCGACGAAGGGUUGGACUACUUGAGAACCGAGUUGAACAUUCCAGAAGGAAUCUUGCCAUUGACCAGAUUGAAGAAUGCUCCAGCUGAGAGACCAAGACCGGGCAGGGGUGGUCCAGUCAGAAGAGGCGGCUUCAGAAGAAGAGAUUAG